AUGGGAAUAUUUAGCGACAGCAUGUUGUGCGAAGAGGAGAUUGAGGAUCUCAUGAAUAACACAAUUUUCAAUCAGAAGGAACUAGAAUUGCUCUAUGAGCGAUUCAAAAUGUUGGACAGGCAAGCAAAUGGCUAUCUUACCUACAGCGAUAUCAUGCUCAUACCAGAGUUCUGUGCUAACCCCUUUAACAACCGGAUUAUAAAUGCGAUGGAAAAAGUAAUUGAGUACGAGAACAUGACAUUUCCUUUUUUCCUAGAGAUCAUGAGCAUUUUUUCGCCCAAGUCCAACAUACAUCUUCGUAUGAAAUUUGUUUUUGGUGUGUUUGAUCUGAACGAGGACGGAAGACUGUGCUCUGCAGUGCUAUCUAAAAUAUAUGAAAUAUUACAUGGAAAUGAUUUCUCAAGAGAAGUGUGUGCCAGAGAGGUGAACGAGCUGCUUUUGUUUUAUGACAGGAAGCAUAAGGAAUUCCUUGAUUAUAACGAUUUUGUGAAUUUCUACCUAGACAGCAACUUAGACAGAAUGUUUGUAAUGGAUUUUGAUAAAGAUCUGAUAGAGAAGAAGCCAAUUUUUCCUUUUUUUAGAGGAAAGUGAAGAGACAAGCCACGUAGUGUGCAACAUAUAACUAAAAAAGAUCUAGCCGCUGUAUAAAUUUUGACAGAUGUCGAUGCUGCGUGGCCAUAUCUACGCUGAAUCAGCGAGGCUAGGAACAUAAAAUACAAAUAAUUCUAUAUUCUUUAAUUUCUUGACCGGAUUCCUGAGGUGCAUCUAUCGUUAGCACAGCAUAAUUAUGAAGUAUUACAUCCAAUAUGCCUAGAAAUAUAUGCAUGAUGGCUGAGUUAGUCCCAUCUGAACGCGUUUCUAAAUCAUUCAGGAUGCUGUCUCAGUUCGUUGAGUCAGCG